AUGCAGCCUGGCCUGAACCUUUGUCAUUAUCUUCUAUUCCUUUGGCUAAACUCUUCUUUUUACCCAGAGUCACUAUUGCUUUUUGACCAGGGUCCUAUUAGAAAUUACAAAUACAAAUCAGGAGCUCAAAAAAGAAAGGAGAAGUUAAGGAAAGAAGUCUUGCAAAAAAGUCAGGUUGGUUCUCUUAAUAAGUAUUUUAAUACAAAUAAUGUAGACAAUUUUGUCGUGAAUGACAUUGAGAAUCAAUUUGAUAUUGAAAGUAAUGAGAAUGAGAAAACUUCAAGUAAUGUGAAUGAAAAUGAAGAAUUGAAUCAAACUGUUAAUGAGAAUGAGAAAAGUUCAAGUGAUGUGAAUGAAAAUGAAGAACUGAAUCAAACAGUGAAUGAAAAUGAAGAACUGAAUCAAACAGUGAAUGAGAAUGAGAAAACUUCAAGUGGUGUAUUCAACUUUCCUUUUGAUAUUGAUGAUCCAGGAAAUUGGGAUAGGAUUGGUCAUAUUAAUAUGACAAAUUUUAUAGUUGAAAGAGGUCCAAAAAGAGUCAUUAAGGAUGAGUUUACUAGGGAUGCUUUCGGUAGGAAUUUUUCUUCGUGGCAUUAUAUUAGAGAAUUACCAAAUGGAGAGAAACAAGAUAGGAAGUGGUUGAUUUAUUCAGUUUCUUUAGAUAAAGUAUUUUGUUUUUGUUGUAAAUUGUUUGCAACAAAGAAGCAUCUUGUGGGUUUUUUAGCUGAGGGAGGUUUUAGUGACUGGCAUAAUAUUUCUGAUCGAUUAAAAAGUCAUGAACGAAGUACACAACAUAUUGAGUCAAUUGCUAGUUGGGUGGAAUUAGAAAACGACUGA